CCCCUCGGCGCUUACGCCCCGCCCUUCUUCCUGCUCACCUCAGGCCGCCAUGAUGGCGGCGGCGACCCCGCGGCUGCGGCCGCUGCUGCGCGCCCUGAGGGCUCAGAGGUUUCGGGGUCCCGUGUGGUGCUGCGGAGCCCCGGCCGUGAGGGGGGUGGCGAGCGGCGCGGAGCAGCCCCCUCCCCCCACCCCUCCCCCACCCUCCCCCCCUCCCCAAACCCCAGAAGCGCCGGAAUUUUUGGGAAAUCCCCCAAAUUUGGGGGAGCCCCGAUUGGAGGAGCUGGGCCUGGGCGGUUCCAGCCCCGUGGGAAUGAUCCAGAACCUUCUGGAAUUCCUGCACCUCGACCUGGGGCUGCCCUGGUGGGGCGCCAUCGCCGCAGGCACGGUGGGGGCCCGAAUCCUGCUGCUGCCCCUGGUGCUGCGGGGUCAGCGCGAGGCCGCCCGGCUCUCCCGGCACCUCCCCGAGCUCCAGCGCCUCUCCCAGCGCGUGGCCGAGGCUCGCCGCGGCACCGACCAGAACCAGGGUGGGCGUGGCCACCGGAUCGGGGGGCUGGGGGCGGAGCCUGGCGGGUGGGAGGCGAAAUUUGGGUGAAAAAAGGUGAAAAAAUGGGGUUAAAAUGCUAAAAAUAGGAAUAAGGGGGUGUGGUUUAAGGCUUGUGGGUGUGGCUUAAGGUUUGUGGGCGUGGCCACCGGAUCGGGGGGCUGGGGGCGGAGCCUGGCGGGUGGGAGGUGAAAUUUGGGUGAAAAAAGGCAGAAAAAAUGGCAUUUAAGUGCAAAAAAAUGCAUAAAAUAUCUUAAAAAUGGGACUAAGGGGGCGUGGUUUAACAGUUGUGGGUGUGGCUUUAGAGUUAUGGGUGUGGCUUAUUAAGUUUUGGGUGUGGCCCCCAAAUUU